AUGAAUCUAGAUGUGAACAUGCCUUUUGCAAUGGUGGAUCAAAAUAGCGUGGAAUCUCCAGCAGAUAAGAUGGUUUACAACUUGGAGAUCAAAUUUACCAAUUCUAAGAAAACGACCUCCGAUUCGGAGUUCGGCGAGAAUACUCUUGACAUGUGGGCAUGGAAGCUACCAGUCUAUAAGAUUGGAUCUUUAAACAUAGGGCGCGCGUUCAAUUUCUUUGUGAGAGGGUACUUAUGUAAUUUCGUCAUAAACAUUCACUUCUAUCAAUCCUCACACACACACAUCGGGUUCUCUCUGAUCUUCCUUUCUCCCCAUCUGCCAACACCACUAGCCAUCAGGUUUCCAUCGUUCUAUGCCUUCCUCUGCCAUUAUUCUCUGCCUUCUUUUGCCAUCCUUCUGGAGCUCAAAAUUGGCAGCUUUGUUGCCGGAUUUGGUGACGCCGGCGGUGAGGAACCGCCGGUGACGGAACAGAGAGGCGUUGUUCGGAAAUGGAGAGAUUCUAAUUCCGAAGAUGGAUAUUCGAAUCUUGUGUCUACUAGUAAUGCCACCGACUUGUUAGAUGUGCAGAAGAAGAAGAAGGCGGAGAAGGAAGCCUCAAAUGAAAAGUUAAAACGACCUCGUAUGAAGUCAGGACACACGCCACAAUCUCCUGUAAAAAGUGGAAAAUAACUGAUUUUCUUUUUCCGUGUGGUCUUGUUUAAAAAGAAUAAUGGAAAGAAUGAAGCAUUAUGAACUUAAAAAUGUGUAAAUCUUAUAACUUAUACACGCGUAAGGUUUACAGCUUA